AAUGACGUCAUGAGGGCUAUGGUCUCUAAUGGCUGAAUAACAACAACUGUCGGCGAGUGACAAACUUUCACAAACUUCUACUGAGACGAAAGAAAGUUGGAAAUAGGAAAUUGUUUCGACACUAUACGAUUUUAGGCGCGUUUGUCUGUCUUUCUUGUAAUUACAAAUGUGGAAUUACUGAUGGAUUCGAGAUAUGACAUACCACGGAGGGCCGCCGGUGGUGGCGGGGGCUCAGCGAACUCUUCCCCCGCUCUGGGGGCUCAGUCGCGCCGCAGGAAGAUGCCUCCUAGACCCGCUGAUUUUAAACUUCAAAUUAUCAUUAUUGGCUCCCGUGGUGUUGGUAAAACGAGCAUUAUGGAGAGAUUUACCGACGACACUUUCUGCGAAGCUUGCAAGUCGACUGUAGGAGUUGACUUCAAAAUCAAGACAGUGGAGCUGAGAGGGAAGAAGAUCAGACUACAGAUAUGGGACACUGCUGGCCAGGAGAGGUUUAACAGCAUCACAUCAGCCUACUACAGAGGCGCCAAGGGAAUAGUGCUUGUGUACGAUAUCACAAAGCAGGAGACCUUUGACGACCUGCCCAAAUGGAUGAAAAUGAUAGACAAGUACGCCUCAGAGGAAGCAGAGCUUCUCCUGGUUGGGAACAAGCUGGAUUGUGAAACUGAUCGUAUCAUCUCCAGACAGCAGGGAGAGAGGUUUUCCUCUCGAAUAAGUGGAAUGCGCUUCUGCGAAGCUAGUGCCAAGGAUAAUUUCAAUGUCGACGAGAUCUUCCUGAAGCUUGUGGAUGACAUCCUUAGCAAGAUGCCUCUGGAAGUUCCUAACACAGAGUUUUCCAACAGUGUCCUGUCUCUGCAGCCUGAACCGGAAGUGCCUCCAGAGUUGCCGCCUCCCCGCAUGCGCUGUUGCUGAGAGUCCGAAUGGUCCCCCAUCCUACACACACAGACACACACAGACACACACAGACACACACAGUCACACACAGACACACACACACACACACACACACACACACACACACACACACACACACACACACACACACACACACACACACGCACAUGCAGGCUACCUAUCUGGCCACCAGGGGGCAGCAAACCGCAGCAGUUUGGAAUUAUUGACUGCUGAUGUAAGAUGCAUGGACUCUCUCAACAACUAGUAUUAUCUUCCCCGGUUUCUUCUCCUGUUUCGUAGCUGUACACUAUGACAUGUACCACACUAACACUUAGGCCAGGUUAAUCACAACUUCCUACCACCCCUUCUGUCUAAACUUGACCCAGACUACCUCAUUCCUCGGACCGUUAGGCUAGCUGUGCCCUGCAGGUGCCUUCGAGGUAGAGAGCCCUCUGGUAGCAGUUGCACAUUUUACUAGGAGGGUGAUUUAUUGAGGGCCAUACAGCUUCCUGUUUUCUUUUAAAGAAUAUUCAUCACACAUACUGUACACUAAGUUUGACAUUGUUGCCCCAACGGUCUGGUAUCUCUGCAUCAUCUAGCUUACAGAAAAGGGAUAACUUUAUCUUACGUCUCUUCUUCUUAGUUUAAAUUCUGGAUCUAGGUACAGUAGUUUUAUAUUCUUAUUAAUAGGUAUUAUUACCUAAGUGACGAGUUGACUUGAGGUAAACAAAAGCACAUAAUGUAAAUAUGGUGUGUUGCUGUAAUGACUGGACAAAGUGCAGAUAUUUGUGGCCAGCAGUAGGUGGUUGUGUGGUGGUGGAUCAUAUCAGUUUGUAUUCCUUUGCCUUAAAGUGUUAAAGUGGCUGGCACGGCUCAUUUCACUUUUGUAUAAAUUGUAAUGUUUUGCACUACAAUCCAUCUUACCUAGUUAAGCUUACAUGCAGAAGUACACGACUUGUAGUUUAGUAAAGAUCAAUGUUGCCUCGGUAGUGGCCGCUUUAAAAUUCCUCCACGGCCUGUUAAAGUGGGAUGGAGAUGCAAUGAGAGAUGGAUAAUGUAGUCUUUGAGGGAUUGGUGUUUUUACAGGGGCAUUCUCCAUGUGUGUUACUGGCUUUUUAAAGGGAGUAAAGAGAGUAAGAAGCUAGUAGACGCACAUGGUUUACGCCUUUGUUUUGGUUUUGUUACUAAUAUGCAAAAUGUUUAGUUUUUUUCUCUGAAUUCAGAUACAGCUUAAAGAAGAAUGUUUGAGUCUCCUUUUUGGGGGGAAAAGUGCAGGAAGGUUUGUUUAGUAUUUGAAAGACUUGGGAAACUUUGAUCCCCUCAUAUCUACUCAUUUUGACAGGCUGUUAUUGCAGAUUUGAGUCGAGUUUCAUAACAAAUUGAUAAAGCAACGUCUUCAUAUAAAAUCCUGCUUGUAGGGGACGUUUGUGUUUUUAAGAGGAGGUCACAAGGUUUUAUUUAUGAUUCGGCAGUUUGUUACAGACAAGUAUGGGUGUAUCCCAUUACUUGUGCAUUUUUAAAAACACUAGGUUAUGCAUGUUAAGCCCUCCUGUGUUCAUAGAUAUUAAUAAACAUUUAAUACUUCCGUCUUUUUUUGUUGAAUGCAAUAUUGUAGCACUGUGAGUGUUUCUGUUUUGUUUUUACGUAUUGAAGUAACAGCCCCAGUCUGAGGGUGAGGAAGGACGAGCCCAUUCAAAGGACCUGAUCUAAAAUGACCUAAACUGACUUGCUAUUGGUUAAUUAGAUUUUUGGUUGAAUUUGUAUGUUAAAGUCAAGCUUCUGUGGACUUAAAGUGGCACAUGAUGUAUUAUAACAAAUUAAUAGUUUCAUACCAAAACAAAAAACUGAGAACUAUCACUGACAUCCAAGCACAUCUUGAGAAAAGAUUAUUAGCCAGCAAACAACCAUACAAAUGAUCUGCAGCUUUGCAAUUUUAUCACACACAAACUUCUUUUCAUAUUGUUUUGUGGAAUGCAUCCUUUCAUUUGUCCCUCUUUGACUUUUAGCAUUUGGCACUAACCCUGUGGUCUUUGUUAUACUAGCCAAGCCUUAUACUACUUAGUGUUUUAAAUAUAAAUUUUAAGAAAUGCUUUUAUUUGAAAUGUGUAUCCUUUAAGAUGGAAGACUGUACUUAGUAUUAAACCUGUUAUACGUCUUGGAAAAGUUUUGGCAUGUUGAAAGCAGAUUUGUGGUAUUUAUAACUUGUGGCAUUCUUAAACUAAUGAAAUGCAAUUAAAGAUAUCUAUAUUUAUUACCA